AUGAGGUCCAUUUGCGGAUUGAACGAAUUUUACAUAUCCUGUAACCCUCCAUUGCUCCCGGCAGGUGUCAAUUAUGUCGUGGAGAAGACAAAAAUGGAAUACCCGAAUGAUCAAAUCAGGCCAGGUCAUGGAAGCACCUCUGAAGAAGAUGUCAAAAUCAUGGGCGAUUCGCCAAGAGUCCUACCUUGGACGAGACUUGAGAACGGCACCGACGUCGACGAUGGGCGAUAUGAUACCCAUCGAUUUCCUGCAAACAUGGCGAAUUUUCGCCACAGAGCGGUCUGGCGAGGGCUGGAGUCGCUGAACGGAUGGACCGUGAAUAACUUCCUGAAUCAGCUCAAGAGUAUCUGGGAGGCUUCCGGAGCACCAACCACCAUCAAGGAACUCGAGAUCCGGUUGGAUUGCAAGCUUUCGCACAACUUGGCCUCCAACUUAAUGUAUGUGGCCACAAGUUCUGGCGAAGAGACUCUUCGCAAGGCAAUCCAGACGUUGGGGAACUUCAUUCGUAUCUUGUGUACCGGGGGUUUCGAAACAAACCAUAUGAUCUUGGCUGGAUCUGGUUCAUUCAACUUCGCGUUCCGUUGGCUAUCCCACGUUGGUCAAGAGCGUUCAACCUACGUUUCGACGGAGUCAGAACACAUAGCAGACGAGUACAACCGCCUCCAGAUGGCGGUGACGUUGAGAACGGAGCGCCUAGAUGGAAAAAAUAAUGAUUACAUCUCCGGCAAAACACGUCAUCCCUUCAAGGGCGGACUUAAAAUAGGCGCAACAAAAGUCUUUGGUCCAUUCGACGGGUUUGAAUAUCGGAAGAAGAAUGCAACAGCGGCCUUCAAGCAGACUACAGAAUAUCCUCCAGGCGCCAAAAAGCCACCAAAGCAUGAGAAUCCCCCGGUUGAGAAUUCCACGGUAGAGAAUUCCACGGUAAAGAAUGCCCCGGUAGAGGGCUCCGAGUCUAUUCGUGGGGCACCUCUCGCAAGAAGCUCUUUGCAGGAGCGUUACGUCGAAACCUGGAGAGCUGACGUGGAACGCGCCAACGCCGAGUACGUUGGUGAAGAAUGGAAAACUAGAUCAUUCCAGCAGGGGCAGGCGGAUUUUGACGAGCAUGGCAACAGAAAACAAGGAAGUGCUAACUAUAUCAUGGCCGACUUUUACCGAACGAUGGUAUCUGCCUCGAAACCACGGGAGGUGAUUCACGAGCUCAACGAUUUCGAGGAUCUCAUAUGCUUUGACCGUGAUACUGAAACCGGACCUAAUUGCCUUCCUCUCGCCGAGAAACCGAUGGAGGAUUUAAUCGAUCUUGAAGAAGUCGUGGUACAGCCCGCAAAACAGCAAUCGAUUGACCUCUUGUCCACAUGGGAACCGUACCCGACCAUUCUUGACACAGGAAUUUCACAGACAUUGCAGGCUCCCUUGAGCGCGACUGUUAAGCCAGGUGCUCAGAUGGAUGGCUUCAAUAGAUGCAACGGCGUUAAGGAUGAACCGGCCUGCUUCGGAAGAUGGAACGACGACGAGCUAAAGAUACUUCGCGAGACGAUGAAGCAACGGGCGGGACGAAGAAUUGGCAAUUGGAGCACAUCGCGCUCAUCGUUCGCUAUGCCGGCCGUCGAAACACAAACCUCUCCACAGGGUCAGUCUAACAGGAAAAAUGCAUCGGAACAUGAUUCAAUGUCGAGGUCGAGCAGAGACAUGCCAAUACGUCCAAGAGAUGGCCCGGGAGUUCAGCGGAAGAUCUCGGCCGGAGAACAAAUCUCGGACGUGACGCUGAUGAAGAAGAAGGCAAACUUGCACGAGGCAAAGGCGCGCGUCAAGGACAUGGCUAAAAUACUGCCAUUCUUACCAGGACGCGUAUCCAUCGGCGUUAAAUUUGGCCGGAUAUACGUCAAGGAUGUCAGCCACUCUCAGGUCGACGUCGGUACAGGCCCCAACUUUACGAUGGAUGAAAUGCUCAUGAUGCUCUACCAGCAGGAGCAUCAACUUGGGUUUUCUACGACGCUGUCGACAUGCGGACCAGACAUGGAUGCCUUUGUUCGACAACAGCCCCGGGGGGAGCCAAGUUGGCUUUUCUCCUCUCCCUCCACUCGGGUCUCGUACGAAUUUACGUGCUAUUCUGGAGUAGGGGAUGCAUUUGUAGUGGAGGUUGACGCAAUGACGUUUGACUACGCCUUCAUCUCACGAUCGACCUGCCUCGACAGCUCGCCAACACACGCGGCCAUCGGAAAGGCGUUGGUGGCGUCGGUUUCCGUGACGUCGAAGACCGAUAUCGGAAUCAUUGUCGAGACGACGACAGAUGAGCGGCUGGGGGCAACCGUCUGCGCCGUCCGCGUCCUUCACGUGGCGGAGUACCGUCAGGGUGUGAAAGGCGGAAGCGUUCUAUCGGUAACGAUGGUAAAGAGACUAUCCCCGCGAAAGCGGCAAGAAAAGCGGAUGCAGUGGUCGCUCGACCUGAGCGGCCAUCGAGGCUAUCCUCCCAUAUUCUACGAGGCCUCGAUCUCGUCGGUGCGCGCCAAAGCGAUUCUCGAGGAAAAUGUCGACCUGAAGUUCGGGGACAGUGCUUCCUGGGCCCUUGAACAUCUCGUAGGAGAUGAUAUUUUGGAGGAUAUUUGCCGACCGGCACUGGGGAUGAUGUCGGGAAUGGAUGAUAUUGGCCUCAAUAACGAUAACGGCCAUAGAUUAGACGGUCGGCGCACAUUCAACGACACGGUUGCGGAACAAGAGGAGCGGAAAGGGAAGACAAAGUUUUGGUGA